CUCAUUGCCAUCUCCAAGCAGCUGUACGCAAGCUGCAAGCCUUGAUAUGCUACAUCUAUGGCCAUUAUGGAAAACUGGGAUUCCUAUGGCAGAAAUACUCUAGAUUUGGCCUCUUCUGCUGCAUCACUUGGAUUUUCGGUCGUCAAAGCAGGUACCAAACUGGGGUUCUCGGUUACACGAAACGUAGCAUCGGCAGCCGUCAAAGUAACGACCUCCGUUGUAGACAACACUCUCUUCGGCGGAAGUGAUGUCACACAGCCAGUCGUAGGUGGCGCCGUAUCCUCUGUCAUUUCCUUCGCCGAGCAGAUUACCCUGGCGCCUAUUUUUCUAAGCGAAUAUAUCACAUCUACAUCUAUAAUUGCCGCUCACAGCUCCAUCAACGUUCUCAGCGUUAUCUUCCCCGGAAGCAGUGAAACCUCCUUUUCUUUGGUCGCCUUUCUUGCCCUACUCAAACGAGAGUGGCAGGAGCUUGGUCAUGCGGGAAAUCUUCCUGAAAAACAGUAUGGGUUGACCCAAGUUGCGAGAGGUGUCAUUGCUUGGGUUUCUCUACAAGGAGUUACCCGGGAGUGGCAAGAGAAAAGAUUCUUCAAGUCCCUCCGAGAAAUCCAUGUUCGAGAUCCGCCGCGAAGCAUCGAAUCUUUACACGCUCGCCGAGGAUCCCGUGUGCGUGUCACAUCAGAUAUUAUCUUUCCUGGCAAUCGCGCCCAAAUUAUCGCCGCCGAUAUUGGAGAGGCGCCUCCGCGCGCCCAAUCCGUAGCCCACCACCGCCACAAGGUAGCGCAUACUAAAUCAUCACCACAAGUCUUCGUCGAACCCAAAAGACUCUCAAAUGCUGCCUUGAAAGCAACUUUGCGUAGGCUCUCGAAAAUGGUCCUCGCAGGUUACGGCGGACCGACGCUGCUGUUCUUCGGCGUACCCUUGACACCAUCUGGGUCUAUGCCUGCCGGUUCCCCGCAGGCACGAUCGGAGGAGGCCCAGCUUGCGCGCGCUAUCAAUGCUUCUGAAGCUGAAGCCAGUGGGGACUUGUCCGAACGAGAGGUACCAUCACCAAUACCAGAUUCGUAUUCUUGGUGGGAUGUAAUGCUCGGGAAGCACGACCAUGACAUCUUCUCACAGUUUGCAAAGUCUUCCAACGAACACAUCCAAGCGGAUGUAGUAAUCGGACAAGAGCAUCUCAUGCCUCGUUUCUGGGUUUUGACCGAUCAUGGUCGACGACAAGUAGUUCUCGUAAUUCGCGGCACGAUGUCUCUCAAUGAGAUUGCGGUAGAUUUGACAUGCGAUCCGGAAGAGUUUGCGCCGUCGAGAACAACAACAUUAGAGCAUGACGAGACGCCUAUUCCUGGACAGUUUUCUUUUCCUACCUCAGAACCACCAUUACCGAAGUAUCAGGUCCACAGUGGGAUUCUUCGCAUGGCAAAGGCGAUGGGAGAUGUCGGAAAACCAGUUCAAAUUGCCGUACAAGAAGCGUUACAUCGAAAUCCUGGAUAUGAUCUGGUUAUUUGUGGACACAGUCUUGGUGCAGGCGUUGCGGCAGUGUUGGGUCUGAUGUGGGCAGACGUGAGGACGUGUUUGACCGUUCGCUCGAGCGGCCUCCCGGUAAAACGACGGGUUUCUGUGUAUUGCUUUGCCCCACCGGCAACUACUGAUGUCCCCCUUGCCAAAUUGUCCGAAAAUCUGAUUGUGUCGUUUGUGUAUUCUCAUGAUGUCGUAUCUCGGCUGUCCAUAGGAACGGUCAAGGACCUCAGAAAUGCAGCCAUGUGGUUGUGUGACGCAGAUGUUGCAGGGGGUGCCUUGCGAGAGUCGGGUUAUGCAGCUGUGACAGACCGUGCAAACAAGUGGAAGGCUGGAAUGGGCUCACAAGAUGAUCCGGAUUGGUUUAUUGCUAUGCGGAAGACACUAGAAGCGAACAUGCAACAGCCAAAAAAGAUGUUUCCGCCAGGUCGGCUACUCUGGGCCCUUAGAGACAGCGACCUGCAUCCUACACAUCGUUCAGGAGAGUCAAGUUCUGGACCAGAUAAACUGAGAUUGUUCGAAGUUCUUGACGUGGAGAAGACCUUUUCACAAAUAUUAUUUGCGAAGGAUAUGCUGAGUGCCCAUUUUCCACACAAGUAUGACAGCGUUUUGCAUGACCUGCUCUGACUGAUGUUUACAUGUACCGUGCAUCGUAUUUCUGCCGUCAACCCUUUAGACGUGAGCAUCUUUCACAUAAUAAUUUUACAA